AUGACAACACUCACUUCCUGUUUCAGGGGGAAAAGCCUUAUGAACCCAGUCCUUCUCUUUGAAGUCCAGAGUAAAUAUCGAUGAGACAUUCAACUUGAGUGAAGAAAGAGCCCAGCUUUAUCUGUCUACGCUAGCAGACAGAAAAGGUUACGUCUACACAGUUGUAAACAUGUACUACAGGAACUGAAGUUAGGAAAGUUUUAUCCUGUGUUUAUAUCCGGAAUGCCAACGUCAAACCGAAAUUAAAAAAAAAAAAAGAACUUUUUGAAGUGUUUUCCCUGAGGAAUCAUUCACCCGACGUGGUUAUUGUCUACGUCAUGUUGACCUUGCGGUCAGAAUUUGAAUGUUAUCUCUCAACACACCCUAGAAAAUAAAUGAAUGUACUUUCGUUUUGUAUAACUUUAAUCAUGUUUUGUCUGGUCUGAAAACCAGUUUCCUGGGAAUCGAAAUCCUUUAUUUUUCUGAUUUUUAUCUUUAUCAGAUGGUAUUGUUAAAAAUAAAGAUAAGCAGCUUUAUUUUUGAGAAAUUCUCCCUUCGCUGCUAACCAGCGAUAACAGGAAACGAGACUUUGUAGCAGUGAAACGAACUACUUACUUGUAGCUCACUUUAGUUAGCGAAACUGAGAUGAUGGAUGAAUCGGACAAUGUUCCAACCCUUUCCGCGAAACGAUCUAGUGAACAGAGUGAAAGUCCAAAUAAGCGAGCAAAGCUUAGUCGGAAGCAAGAAGAAUCUCAUUUUCUUCGUCUGUUUUGGACGGUUCAAGAGAUUAUUAGAUGCCGCAGUGUAUGGAGUGUCGAUUUAUGUGAUAUUACAGAAACUGAUAUAGAGGAAAGCGCUGACAGCCUUAAGGAGUCUUUCCGACUUUUCGAAGACAUUGAUUUCACUGAUCCAAAAAUAUUAUGUGGAUAUAUUCACCGUUAUGCUGGCCAUGGUGCUGGCUUGGCCAGAGAAAGUGUUUUGGAAGCAAUAAACAGCUGUGAUGAUCUUAAACCUUAUUUAAAUUUUAGAGAAAUCAAUGUCAUAAGUUUAGGUGCUGGACCUGGCAGUGAUGUGAUAGGUUUUUGCAGUGCGUUUUAUGAGUAUGCAAAUUGCUCCGCGCUAAACAUAACGCUAGUAGAUUCGGUGAAAGGCUGGUCAUCUUGUUUCAACAUCGUAGAAUUCCUCACACGAGAAGGAGACUUUGGAAAUGCAACCAAUCUGUUCAAGAAAAGUGACAUUACGACUUCAUAUUUGCAAGUCGAUUUGAUGAAAAAGCCAUUGCAAAAUUCAAAAUUUGUCAGAGCAUUGCAAGAAGCUGAUAUUAUAAUAAUGCAGAAACUGCUUUCUAUCAUACCCUUUGAAAACAGGAACUUCAUAAUUGAGAAUACUGCUGAAAUAAUGAAAGAAGAAGCUGUAUUAUUACUCAUAGAUACACCUUUCCAAGAUCAGUAUUUAAACAGUUUGGAUGUAAAAUAUCGUUCUUCUGCUGCUGAAAAUUACCAAUAUGGGCCAUCAGAAAAUAAAUCUGGCCAAGAAUAUGCGGCUGAAACCAAAGCAAAAGUGAGAGUACUGAAGAAAAAGCAGAAGGAAGUUAAUUAAUUGAAUCUAUAUACUAUAAAUUUGAAAAUGUUUUAUUAUUUGCAGAAAGAAAUAUAAUGAUAGCAAUUUUUGUGUUAAUGAAAAUAAAGUAUAACAAAAUCAAAUUAUUCGUGUGAAA